AUGUGAGUGAUAAAAUAAUACUCCACCAUACAGUCUUACACAUGCCAAUGAGAUCACGAAGAAAUUAAUCCAAAUCGAUACAAGACUACAAGAAACAUGUUCCACGUACAUAGGGUCCUAUGGAAUAAAGAAUUGCUCCUAAUCCUAAUCCUAUGCUAUGAUUAUUAUGAUUAUAAAUAAAUAACCCACUCACUCUUUAACCUCUCAUCAAUUCCUCACAAUCACCAUAACAAAGUCACAAAAUCCAGCAAAGAUGGCAGUACAAUUGGAGCUUCCUAGUUGGAUCACAUUGUUGACAACAUUUGCUAUUCUCCUCCUCUUCAGCCGCCGUCUCCGCCGCCGCAAAUACAACCUACCCCCAGGCCCAAAACCAUGGCCCAUAAUAGGAAAUCUCAACCUUAUGGGAUCUCUCCCUCACCAAUCCUUCCAUGGGCUCACCCAAAAAUAUGGACCCAUCAUGCAUAUAUGGCUCGGCUCUAAACCCGUCAUUGUGGGCUCGUCUGCAAAAAUAGCAAAAGAGUUCCUUAAAACUCACGAUGCCACUCUUGCCGGCCGGCCCAAAUUCUCGGCUGGUAAAUACACAACUUAUAACUACUCUGACAUGACUUGGUCUCAAUAUGGUCCAUAUUGGCGUCAGGCCCGUAGAAUAUGUCUAUUAGAAUUGUUUAGUGCGAGACGCCUUCAAUCUUAUGAGUUCAUAAGAAACCAAGAGUUACAUGCUUUUUUGCACGAACUCUUCAACUCAAAAAAUAAAACAAUUUUGUUGAAAGACCAUCUUUUAAAUCUGAAUCUAAAUAUUAUAAGUCGCAUGGUGUUGGGGAAAAAUUAUUUGGAAAAGACAGAAAAUGCUUUUAUUUCCCCGGACGAGUUUAAGAAGAUGUUGGAGGAGUUGUUUAUGCUUAACGGGGUCCUUAAUAUUGGGGAUUUUAUUCCUUGGAUUAAUUUCCUGGAUUUUCAAGGUUAUGUGAAGAGGAUGAAGGCUUUGGGUAAAAAAUUUGAUUGGUUUAUGGAACAUGUGUUGGAGGAACACAUUGAGAAAAGGAAAAAUGCUAAGGAUUAUGUUGCUAAAGAUAUGGUGGAUGUGCUUUUGCAGCUUGCUGAAGAUCCUAACCUUGAAGUCAAACUUGAGAGGCCUGGAGUCAAAGGCUUUACUCAGGACCUAAUAGCAGGUGGAACAGAGAGCUCAACAGUAACAGUAGAAUGGGCAAUGUCUGAACUAAUGAAAAAUCCAGAGAUAUUCAAGAAAGCAACAGAAGAACUAGACAGAGUAAUAGGAAAAGAUAGAUGGGUUGAAGAGAAUGACUUUGUGAAUUUACCUUAUUUGUAUGCAAUUGCUAAAGAAACAAUGAGGCUACAUCCAGUGGCACCAUUGUUAGUGCCAAGAGAAGCUAGAGAAGAUUGCAAUGUUGAUGGUUAUGAUAUCCCAAAAGGGACAUUAAUUUUUGUCAAUAGUUGGGGAAUUGGAAGAGAUUCUAAUAGUUGGGAUAAUCCUUAUGAGUUUAACCCAGAAAGAUUUAUUGGUAAUGAUAUAGAUGUAAAAGGACAUGAUUAUGAGUUGUUGGCAUUUGGUGCUGGUAGAAGAAUGUGUCCUGGUUACCCUCUUGGUAUUAAGGUCAUUCAAUUAAGUUUAGCUAAUUUGUUGCAUGGAUUUAAUUGGAGAUUAAGUGAUAAUAAUGUGAAAAAUGAGGAUUUGAAUAUGGAGGAGAUUUUUGGGCUAUCUACACCUAAGAAAAUACCAUUAGAAGUUGUUGCUGAGCCUAGACUUGCUGAUCAUCUUUACUCCCUUUGAGUAUUUUUAUCUACUUAAGUUUUGUUUUUGUCGGGUUUUAAGCGUUCGUGGUUAAGUCUCACAUCGUUUAUGAAUAGAAAGAAUGUUGAAUUUAUAAAAGAUGUGACCCAUAAAACUAAUGUCUUAAGUUUUUUGGUGGAGAUAUGUGAAGUUUUCUUUUGUAAUUCUGGAAUAGUGGCCUCAUUAUUCCUUUCGAGCUCCUCCAGACUCUCCUUUGGAAUAAUUGAAUUUGUGUAAGUUUAAUCAUGUCAUCAUAUUUAAUGACAAGAGAAAGAAAUAAUAAGCUUGAUAAUGAAAAAAAUUGAUGUAGGAAUGUGGAGUUUAGUAGUGAGUGCUGUAGUAUAUAUAUCCCUUUGUAAUUGUAAACUCUACUAGUUGUAGAGUUUUGUAAUGCAAAAUUAAAGUAUGUUAUGUUUUC